UUCAGGUUCAGAAGGAAAUCGAUCAGGUGAUCGGACCGAACCGUCUGCCGGCCUACGAGGAGCGCGCCAGCACGCCGUACACCGAGGCCGUCCUGCACGAGAUCCUCCGCUUCUGUAACAUCGCCCCCUUGGGGAUCUUUCAUGCCACAUCCAGAGACACCGUAGUGCGAGGAUAUUCUAUCCCAGAAGGCACCACGGUGAUCACCAACCUGUACUCCGUGCACUACGACGAGAAGUACUGGAGCCGCCCCGAAAUCUUCUGCCCCGAGAGGUUCCUGGACGGCGCCGGACAAUUCGCCAAGAAGGAGGCGUUCGUGCCGUUCUCUCUAGGGAGGCGACAUUGUCUGGGGGAGCAGCUCGCCCGCAUGGAGCUCUUCCUCUUCUUCACCGCUCUUCUCCAGCGUUUCCACCUCCAUUUUCCACAUGGCUUUAUACCAAACCUGAAGCCGAAGUUGGGCAUGACGCUGCAGCCGUACCCGUACCCCAUCUGUGCCACGAGGCGGUAACCACACGGGCGCGCGGUCACCGAUCACACCCAGAUGAGACGAUGGCGCCGAAUCACUGACCGUAAUGUCAGAGAAGAUACCGUCCCAAACUAUAACCACUCCCCCUUUACUGGUGCUAGAAAUUCAACUACUACCCUCAUCAUCCUCCCCAGGCCCCGGACAAUGUGUAUUUUAUAAUGGUCAAUAUCCGCCAUGAUGGCGUCAUAUUAUAUAUUCAUAUGGUUAUUAU